AUGCCCUUUCUCGUGGUAGUAAUACAUCCUUAUUCUACAUCUAAAACAAUAUUAAAAGUUGUGAAAAAUUCCAAAGAAUCUGUCAAAGUCAUCAAAACUAUAUUUGACGAAAAACAUCUUUCUACAAAAAUUGAUUCAGAAGUUAUAGAAACGUGGACUGGCACGUUUAAUGAUACGGAAAUGGAUGACGGAUUCCUGAUAUAUUCAUCUUUGUCUAUGCCUAAUUACAAUACACCUGUUGAUAACCCUGUAGAUGUUGAUUAA